CUUUGUUAAUAUUUUUUAUAGUGUAGUCUUGGCGAAAUUUGUAUAAAAUACAAUCAUAAUAGUGUACAAACUCACAAAUCCAGUUAAUUAUAGUCGAAUUUCGACUACUGCGGGACCUCUGGUACAAAUAAAUUAAUAAUGUUGUUGCUGUAAAAAAAUAUUUAAUUAAAUAAACGUAAUACAAAAGGCUUUAAUAACAAAAAUUACUUUAAUUACAAAAUGUAAAUGACAAACAUAACAUACUUUUCUUUGCAUAUUAAAUAAUAUGUCGUUGGUUAUGUUAGGUUGUAGUGAUGCCCUCAUGGUCCCCCAACGACAUGGUCAUUGUGGAUUCAGUGUACCUUUCCCUUCUUUGAAAUUGUAAAUGUUAGUUGAAUGCACAUUACCCAAACGAGGAGGCAAAUGGGCACAUUUACCGGAAAAUGUGUACAUUUGCCGCAAUAUCUACUUUUACCGUAACAUAUACAUAUACAUACAAAUCCUUUGCUUUAUUAUAACGGGAUCUUAUUGAUCGAGCGGCAAUAUGGUCAUUCCAUUCGCAAUGGGCAAGUGGGCCGGUUUCUUGUUUUGCCUGAGCGCGCUGUGUUUUACUAGCGCUGAACUGAUCGUGCCGACAUUACAACUGAGUAGUGGUGGGAACAUACCAGUGGUAGCACUCGGAACAUGGCUGGGACAUCGACCUAAAGGAAAAGUAGUUCAAGUAACCAAUGACACAGAGCAAGCUGUCAUAUACGCGUUGGAAGCUGGAUACACACACAUAGACACCGCGUACAAAUAUGGAAUCGAGGACCAAGUGGGAAGGGCCCUGACCAAGAAAUUCUCAGAAGGACUAAAAAGAGAAUCUAUCUUUAUAACUACCAAGCUCUGGAAUUCCUACCACGAGAGAGAGCAAGUGAUCCCAGCGCUGAGGAAGUCCCUUGAAAAUCUCAACCUGGAAUACGUCGAUCUGUAUUUGAUUCACUGGCCCAUAGCUAUGUUUGAGAACGAUACCUUACUCGACAACGUGGACUUUCUGGACACGUGGCGGGGUAUGAUCGACGCCAAGAAGCUCGGCCUGACCAAAUCCAUAGGCAUCUCCAACUUUAACCAAGAACAAAUCCAGAGGAUCAUCGACAGCGGACUGGAGAAACCUUCGGCUUUGCAGAUCGAGUUAAACCUCAACCUGCAACAACCAGAGCUCUUCAAGUUCUGCCGCGAAAACGACAUAGUGGUGAUGGCGUACACUCCCUUCGGGUCGCUGUUCCCGAGCAAGGCUCAACCAGACGCUCCUCCGCCGAGGAUUGACGAUGAACGCCUCGUCAGUAUCGCCCAGAAAUACAACAAAACUGUCCCGCAAGUUGCUCUUCGCUUUCUGAUCGAGUUAGGAGCCGUCGUUCUACCCAAGUCGGUGCAUAAGGAGAGGAUCGAGCAGAACAUACAGCUGUUCGACUUCAGUCUGACUCCUGAGGAGUUCAACCUGCUGAAAAGCUUUGACACCGGCUACAGGACCUUGCCACAGACCAAAUGGAGCAAACAUCCUGACUACCCGUUCCAGUUAGCAUGAUAUACAAAGCAUUUUUUUUUCAAGAAUCGCUAAACGAGUAUUUGUUUUCAGUUCUAGUUUAGAGUUCCACAUGAUAGAAUUAAUGACAAAAAGACGUUGUUGUGUUAAUAAAUAAAAAAUCACAAAAAAAAA